AUGGCGGAGACAACCCUGACAAGCCUCACUGGCAAGGCUCACGAGCGAUUCGUGACUGUUACGGCGCUACUAUAUCUGACUGACCCAGUACGUGGUGAGCCUACAACUUAUAGUCUCGAUCGGCAUCCUCACGAUGAUUACUGGAAACAUGAGCAGCACCAGAAGAAAUUCCUCGACUCGUUUGCUUUGAUAUCUUCGACUUCAAGGAUAGGGGGUGAAACUGCCUCUGCAGUAUGUCUGGAGCUGGAUCAUCCAGGUGGGACAGUCCUGCGACUUGCCAGGAAUCUGGGCGUUCCCAAGGAAUUGCUCAAUCAACUGCAGGAUGUUCUCGUCGAUCUCACAGCAGUUUCUCUGAGGGAUAAGAGACCGGACGAAGUGGAACUUGAGGUGUUGCGUAAGGUCGUCGUCCUUACUCAAGACAGGAUUCGCGCACUCGUGGAGAAGAUAUGCCUUCCGGAGAUCAGAGCUACCAUCGAACGUGUCAUCCAAGUAAUGGAUCAGUCAUCCUCAGACAACGCCGAAGAGCUGGGUUUUAGGACAUGGGUCCGUAACCUGCCGUUACUUGCGUCUCUCGAUGCCGGAAGCCAUUUUGCCCAGUUCAUACCGCAUGUCCAGUGGGCAUCACGCGGUAGAUGGAUGUAUUCUGAACACCUCGAAAGGCUCUUCGGGCUCGAAGACGGGAUGUUACCCUCGUGGUUGAGAUACGUUUACAAGCUAGGGCGAUACUUUGCUGCAACCAAGGCGAUGCUCAAAUUGGCCGUGAAGCAACGAAGCAUCUUCGUAGGGAUACGCAUCGAAGCAAUCGAAGCUCCGAAGCCGGAGAAUUUCUCGCUAGGUACACAGAGGGAACCUCUCUUGACAAUGCUCAAGAGAAUUGCCCCAAGCGACCCAGAAGCGUUAAGGGAGAAACUAGGUCAAACCUGGUUAACGACCGACCCCGAGACAAAAUUACGACGAGCUUGCAAGCUGACACUCGUAGUGCACGCUGAAAUGCAGCUGCUCAGCUUUUACGACCACCGUCCCCACCUUACACCUAGGCUGUUGUUCAUGGGUACUAGCAAGAAGGCUUGCUAUCUCUGCAACGAGUUCAUGUCCCGCCAUCCCCUCAACAUUGCAGUCUCGGCAAGCCACCAGAAAAUCUACCCAGCCUGGAUGUCCCCUCCAUGCCACGCUUCCGUCAGGAAGCAGCAGAAAGCUCGGCUCUGGGAGCUCAGCCGACACCUGGAACAGGCGGCUGUGCGUGACCUCGAGACGAGACUGGGGACCCGGCGACCAAUGACGAUGGACUCAACAGCGGGGCCGUCACUUACAACGACGGGAACGAUCUCUUCGGGAUUCUGGUCCCGCGAUUCGAAUUUGGGCGAGCUCGAGACAAAUGAGGAGUCCGCAUCCUUCAUCACGCAAAGUAUGAAGUCUACGUCAGUCCAAGAAGACGGGGUUGAGAUGUAA